CGGGGCCACUGUCCGAGAGUCUCCUCCCCGAGGCGCGUGGGGACUACCGCGCUCACGGAGUUUUCCGCCCAGUGGGCUCCUCCUCCUGCCCCGCCCAGACGGCUCGGCGCCCGCAGAUCCCCGAGAGUGCCGGAGAGCAAGAGUGGGACGGAGCUCCAGGGAGAGCCCAGGUGCUCGCAGAGAGAGCCGCUGUAGCCCGUGUCCCCCUGCCAGAUUUAGCCAUGAGCUACCCAGGCUAUCCCCCACCUCCUGGUGGCUACCCCCCAGUUGCACCAGGUGGUGGUGCCUGGGGCGGAGCUGGCUACCCCCCACCCAGCAUGCCCCCCAUUGGGCUGGAUAACGUGGCCAACUACGCCGGGCAGUUCAACCAGGACUACCUCUCAGGAAUGGCAGCCAACAUGUCUGGGACAUUCGGAGGAGCCAACGUGCCAAACAUGUACCCUGGGGCCCCUGGGGGUGGUUACCCUCCAGUCCCUCCUGGGGGCUUCGGGCAGCCCCCUCCAGCCCAGCAGCCUGUUCCUCCAUAUGGAAUGUACCCGCCCCCUGGAGGAAACCCACCUUCUGGGAUGCCCUCAUAUCCACCGUACCCAGGGGCCCCUGUGCCAGGCCAGCCCAUGCCACCCCCUGGGCAGCAGCCCCCAGGGGCUUAUCCUGGGCAGCCACCAAUGACCUACCCUGGGCAGUCACCAAUGCCACCGCCAGGGCAGCAGCCUCAACCAAGCUACCCAGGAUACCCAAGCUCUGGGACUGUCACUCCUGCUGUCGCCCCAGCUCAGUUUGGAAACCGAGGCACCAUCACAGAUGCUUCUGGCUUUGACCCCUUGCGAGAUGCCGAGGUCUUACGGAAGGCCAUGAAGGGCUUUGGGACUGAUGAGCAGGCCAUCAUCGACUGCUUGGGGAGUCGCUCCAACAAGCAGCGGCAACAGAUCCUCCUGUCCUUCAAGACAGCUUAUGGCAAGGAUUUGAUCAAAGACUUGAAAUCUGAGCUGUCAGGAAACUUUGAGAAGACUAUCUUGGCUCUGAUGAAGACCCCAGUCCUGUUUGAUGUGUAUGAGAUAAAGGAAGCCAUCAAGGGGGCUGGCACUGACGAAGCCUGCCUGAUUGAGAUCCUCGCUUCCCGCAGCAAUGAGCACAUCCGGGAACUGAGCAGAGCCUACAAAACAGAAUUCAAAAAGACCCUGGAGGAGGCCAUCCGAAGUGACACGUCAGGGCACUUCCAGCGGCUCCUCAUCUCUCUCUCUCAGGGAAACCGGGAUGAAAGCACCAAUGUGGACAUGUCCCUCGUCCAGAGAGAUGUGCAGGAGCUGUAUGCGGCUGGGGAGAACCGCCUGGGAACAGACGAGUCCAAGUUCAAUGCAAUUCUGUGUUCCCGGAGCCGGGCCCACCUGGUGGCAGUUUUCAACGAGUACCAGAGGAUGACAGGUCGAGACAUUGAGAAGAGCAUCUGCCGGGAGAUGUCCGGGGACCUGGAGCAGGGCAUGCUGGCCGUGGUGAAAUGUCUCAAGAAUACUCCAGCUUUCUUUGCUGAAAGGCUCAACAGGGCCAUGAGGGGAGCAGGAACGAAGGACAGGACCCUGAUUCGCAUCAUGGUGUCUCGCAGUGAGAUCGACCUCCUGGACAUCAGAGCAGAGUAUAAGCGGAUGUAUGGCAAGUCGCUCUACCACGACAUCACGGGAGACACUUCAGGGGACUACCGGAAGAUUCUGCUAAAGAUCUGUGGUGGCAACGACUGAGGAGUGACCACUGAGCAGUGACGUGGCUCACUUCUGCCCCCUGCAGGCAAUGGUGAUGCCCGGAAAAGGCCAAAGGAGCACCCUUUUCUCACAAAUCCACAGAAUAGCCCAAAGGUGCACUGUCUGUCCCUAGAGCCUUGGCCCUGACCUUCCUGCCCUUCCCACUCCACAUAUUACGUCGUGCUGAAGGGCCUGGUGGGGCUAGAGCUCUCCCAAGGUGCCUCCAUCCCUUCGCCUCUUGCUCUUAAGGUAGAUAUUUUAUUUCCUGAUUCAUGCAGUCAUUCCUCAUUGCUUGUGACAAAGACUCUUAGCUUCAUUUUAGUCAUGUGAUUUUGUAUGUCUAUUUGAAGGCAUAUUUUCUUUCUUUUUUUAACUGUCAUUGCCAGACAGAUGCAUACGAGUCUGUUUACUACACACACAUUUCUGGUGAGAGCGAUGGGGUGGGUAGAGAGCACCCUGCCCUCACCAAAGACAAAAGGGAGGACCUGUCAGGGUAAUGUUUGCAUCUGGUGAGAAUGUGUCAUAGGCUUUGUUUUUGCCAAACUCACUCCUUUUUAGAAAAAUAAAAAGGCCAGAAAGUCAUUUGUUCCAUCAUCCAUGUACAACCACAAGAACAAGGUUGGUUCCCUGCCAGUGACAGGGCUCCUUGUAGUUUGGAAUGUGCCUUAAACCUGAAUGUCUGUAGCCAAAAACUGUUUUAAAAUUAAAGUCAGCAAGCUCUGGAAUGUUCUGGAAAUGA